AUGUAAGUCACAGGAGAAAUAACAUAAUAGGAAUUUAAUUAUCUUGUAGAGUUUCCUAGAUAGAAUUUGAAUUUAGGUUAUGAUUAAUUAGAUUAAAAUUUAAAAUAAGUUUUGGAUAGAAUAAGUGUUUCAGGUUUCUUUGAAAAUAAAUCUCUAGAUAUAUAUAUUUAUGUUUCUACAGGUUAAGGGGAACUCUAUAAUUUAACAUUAAGAAAUAGUAUUUAAAUAUUAUUAAACUAUUAAUAUGAAAUUAAAAAGAAAUAUUAAAUUGAAGGAACAAUAGUUUCAGAUUCUCCUUAUGUUUAUUAUUCAUAUAAGAAUUAUUUAACAAUGAAAUCAGAAUUUAAUCAAUUAAAUGAAUAAAUAUUAAGUAAUACUAUUGCUAAGUCAUAAUAAGAAUAAUCAUAAGAAAAGUUAAUUUUUAUUAUUGCUGUAGGAAUUGCUUUGAUUUAAUUUUGUUUAUCUUUUAAUUAUUUUCUUUAAAUUUAGAGAUUAAUUAAUAAGUUUUAUGGUGUCAUUUAAAAUAUGGAUACUGAUUACACAUAUUAAGAAAUAAAUCGAUUGAAAUUUAUAUCUGGUCGUUUGAAUAAAAAUACAAAUCCAUUAUUUAGAUUUUAAAUUAAUAUUGAAUAAAGAGAAAAAGAAUUUUAAUAUAAAUCUUAUAUUAUGAAUAUAAAGAAAAAAUUAUUACAUAGACCAUAUUAUUUGAAAUAGUACUUUGUUUAUUAUUUGUAUAUUAUUUUUGUUUUAGUGUUAAUGAUUGGGAAUGCUUUAUUAACUUAUGAAGAAUGUGGUGAAUAUUUAAGUAAAUAUCCAGAAACUGCUUAAUUUUUCAAAGCUAUUUCAGAUGUGGGAACAGAUAUACCAACUAUGUAUGCUUAAAGAGAUAUCCUUUAUAAUAUUGAAUUAAUAGCUCCUUUUUUAAAUGAUACUGAAAAGUCUAGAGUUUUAUUAGAAAUUAAAGAAUCUCUAAAUAGAACUACUAAAUUUAUAACUUUAGAUUUUAAUAUGGAUAAGUAAAUUAUUUAUCUUAAAUAAAGCUUAAUUAUUUCAACAGAAUUUAAAGACUAUUACAAUCAGAUUUAGAAAGAAAAUCUUUGUAAUUUUCUACCUAAUUAUAUAAGUUAGAAAUCAUCAACUAUAUGUCCUUAAAUUAUGGAUUAAAAUUUAGAAAGAGGUUUAUUAGGAUUAUUAAUAUAUAUUAGUAAUUUUAUUAAUACAGAUAUGGCUAUAAAUCAUUUUACAAAAAAAUUACAAUAAAGCUAUUUAGAAUUAGAGGGUGCUUUUUUGGUUUCCUAUAUUAUCAAAGAUAUAAAUACUAGUUUUCAUUAUGAUUUAGUGUCCCAAACUUAGUUUUAUAUCAAUAAAAUCAGUGUAUAAUUACUUAUAGAUUAUUAAAUUAGGUGCAUAAUCUAGUCAUUCUUAUAUUUUUAUGCAUUUUGAUUGUGCUUACAUUAACGAAGAUAAAGAAUAAAUUAAUUUACAAAUUAUAUUUAGCUUAAAGACUUCCAUAUUUGAUGCCUAUAAAAACAAUUAUAUUAAAUGAUAGUUUUGAGAGAAAUUUAAGAUAGAUUAUGCACAUUUGA